GGAUCGCGCGCUCCGUAAUUCAUCGUGCGGAACACCAGCCGCCGCAGUCGUUUCACGCCGAUCUGUCGGCGAGCUCGACUGGUCAGCGACCGGAGAGAGCCACGCGCGGAUUGGCUGCCGAGCUGCCUCGGCGAAGCGCACGCGCCGCUUCAUCAUCGUCGAAGCGCGAACGCUCUAUUGCACCGCUCGAGUAACAUCACGUGAUCGACGAAAGAUCGGAACCUUACGGCAUCCACGUGUUUGUCCGGUUGCAGUCUCCUCCUCGAGCCGCGCGUCGGACGCGGAACCGCGAGCGCGCGGAUUCACGAAUUGCACUCGACGUCGGUUUGCACGCCUGGAUUAUGUUCUCUGUUUUAUAGGACUGCGAAGACAUUGAUAAGAGACGAGUCGCUCCGUGGAGAUGAUUAGAAACGUCGCUGUGGGCAUAUCUGGCGGCGUCGACAGCGCCGUGGCAGCUCAGCUGAUCAAAAACAAAGGGUUUAAUGUCACCGGAGUGUUUAUGAAAAAUUGGGACAUUAAAGAUGAAACGGGAACGUGUGCCGUCGAAAGAGAUUACGAGGACGCUCGAUGGGUCUGCGACAGGCUGAAGAUACCCUUGAUGCAGGUGGACUUCGUGAAGGAAUAUUGGAACGAGGUCUUCAGUGAUCUCAUAGAAAAGUACGAGACUGGGUACACCCCGAAUCCAGAUAUUUUGUGCAACAGGAACAUCAAGUUUAACAACUUUUUCAACUUGGCGCGCAAGAGAUUUCAAGCGGACGCAAUCGCGACGGGUCAUUACGCCAGAACGAGCUUUGGGUCCUACCUGGAAAAUUAUCAAGAAGACACCAACGUACGCCUGCUGCAAGCACGCGACAGUAACAAGGAUCAAACAUUUUUCCUGAAUCAAGUGCCGCAGCAGUCCUUGAGACGCUGCAUGUUUCCUCUUGGAGACUACCUGAAGAAUCGUGUGAAGAAGAUGGCCGUGGAAAUGGGCCUGCAUCAGAUAGCGCGGAAAAAGGAGAGUAUGGGUAUCUGCUUUGUGGGAAAACGUGAGUUCCAAGAUUUUAUCUCCGAGUACAUAGACGACAAACCCGGCGAUUACGUGGAUUUGGAUAGCGGAUUGAAAAUCGGCAGGCACAACGGUAUUCACAAGUGGACGAUAGGGCAGAGAUGCAAGAUCGGCGGUUGCCUCAAGCCGUACUUCGUGUUCAGGAAGGAGCAAGAGACGAACACCAUCCUCGUGGCAGGCGGCUCGACUCAUCCGUCGUUGUUCUCCGAUUUUCUGGUAACGCGAGGCGCCCACUGGAUCAGCGAGGAGCCGCGCGAGUUACGAUGCAACGGCGUGUUGCGCUGCGACUUCCGCUUCCAACAUAGGACUCCGUUGAUCGCCUGCGACGUGUACAAGGCGCCCAGCGAUCGGUUGUUCGUGCGCCUCAGCGCGCCCUUACGAGCGAUUACGAAGGGCCAGUACGCCGUUUUUUACUCCGGCGAGGAAUGUUUGGGCGGAUCGAUGAUAUUGUAUCCUGGAUCAUCUUACUUCGCACUUAAUCGGCAAAACUGUAUCGGUGAUGUCAUAAAUGCCAUAUAAUAUCCGUUUUAAAUGUACAGAUGUAAAUACAGACUGUUUGUUAAUAAGAGCUAUUUGCGGAUAUCGUUAUUUAAAUACAGCGAUUUUUAUUGUACAUUUAAA